AUGGCCCUAGAUCCUCCAAGUUCUGCCCACAGGAAUGAGUUAACGGCAUUGGGUCAGAUGGUUCCGAACCUUGAUGAAACAGAUAUAUGCUCCGAACACACGGUGCCUGAAGUUGCCGAUUUUUCCCCCGACGGUGAUGACAAUGGUGAGCCGAUGGUCAGAGGUCGAGCUAUCCCUAUGUCGAAUCCAAACUGUGAUCAUUGUCUAGUCCUGCGUGAGAACUGCGAGGCAGCGCUUGGGUCUUUGCUUGAUGUCAUUACUGAACUGACUGCGUUGGAGAAACUUAAACCGGAAUGCGAACUUCUUAGACACCAGAUUGCACAGUCACAAAUUGAUGUAGAUGCGAGCUUGAUAAGUGAACAUAAAAUGAAAUCACGUGUUGACACUGCCGAACAGGAAGCAGCACAGGCUAAGUCACGUUUCGAAACGUUGGAAAAGGAGUUUGAUGCUAUGGCUAAGGCGGCCGAGGAAGGAAAGAAGCACGCACAAGAAGCGAAUAACUGGCGUGUGAAGUACGAAAGAACUGUGGAAAUCUCGGAGAAAAUUCAAGAGAAGCGACGACAUGAUAAGGAGAGAUUCGAUAAACUUCUUUCUUUAGCUUCUGGUUACCAAAAAGAGGAAGUGUUGACCAAACUAAGGUUUAAGCUCAACACGUUGGCCAAUGCAGUCCAGUCGUAUGUUCCUUCGGUUGUCAGUUUGCUGAAAGAGAUAAUGUCUUCUCCUUUCUUCGAAGCCGAAAUGCCCGAACGUGUACGAGCGGAGGCUGCGAGAUUAUGUUCAACUGAUGUUCAGAGUGCUUUUGUGAUUCACGAUACAACAUUUUCAUCUAUAGAUGAAGACGAAGAGGGUUUGACUGUUGAAUUAGAAAGAUUACUUGGUGGUGAUUCUAUGACUACAUCAUUGGGAACACCUAAACCGAAAAAUCGCUGCUCUAAACUACAAAAUCCAAGUGAGACCCGCGCAUUUGAGUUUGUGGAUGGAAAUAUAUCAGGAGUAAGUGAUGGAGAAGCUGACAAAAUUCUCGGAAUCGGAGCUGAAGCCGCAACUAUGGUUGCAUCGAACCAGAUGGAAUUCUUGCAUCCAAACUUAAGCGAACGUCGCGCAACGAGGCCUCCGCUGGUACAAAACAUUCCAGGCGAUAUCCAUGGGAAGAAGAUGUUGACCGUGCGUGAGCAACAAAAAGCUCAAAUGAACGUAUCGGUUAAGGAAAAAGUGGCCCUGAUGAAGAAAAAGGAUGCAGAGGAGGUUCGCUCACCAAAUGGUAGUGAAGGAGGAUGUGUGGGUGAUGCUGUAGAAUAUCAGCGAGCUGGUGUUCUUCCGUUUCAGGAUAAGACGGCUCCACUCGAGAAGCUAAGUGCGGUUGCGGAGAAGGUUGAAUUCUCUUGGGUAAGAGAUGAUUUGCAGAUGUCGGCUUCUCCUUCGCCUGAAUCUAGUGAUGUUGAAGAUAAUAAUGUGGUCGCCAACAACGAUGGUAUCGGAAAGGAAUUGGUCACCGCUAUACCAGCAACCUCAGUCGCUGAACAAAGCGAAUCAUCUACGAUUCAGGAUGAGCAUAGUGAGGCAAUCAGUUGUCGUAUAACACUUACCUCAAACCAAGUCACUACGUGUGGUGCAAUUCAUCAAGUGUUAGCUUUCGAAACAGUCAAAGAAACCCACUGUUUGCCAACUACCGGUGAUGGACCUGUGGUAUCACAAGGACGAAAUUUCACGUCUAGAACUGAGGAAUUCGAUUCUGUGGAAAUGCUCUUGACAUCUAGUGAUAGUGAAAGGAAAAUGGAAGGCAGAGGUUAUCGGCAAGACGAUAGAAACAGCGGUAAUUUGGCUAGUGAAAAAGGUGCACUUAAUGAUUUUAUAGCGGUGUGCGAGGUCUCAGACGUAUCACUUCAAAAUGGUCCUAUUGAAAGCGAGGAACCUGAGAUGAGUAUAUGUGGAACUUCAGCUAAACAGCAGAUGGUUAGGGAGUUAUUGGAUCCAACCAAGAGAACUUGCACGGAGCCGGAACAUGUAAAUAGUUCUACGUCACAGGCAGAAAUGGCACCAGUGUAUACUACAGAUUCGCAUAGUACGAUGCAGGAUUCUAUACUGUACAAUCCGUCGAGAGCGUUGCUGUCAGAGAAUACUAAGAUAGCACUUGAUUUUGCUCGACGGUUGCUAGUAGAUCUGCAGUCUAAAGUGACCCCUCCUAGGAAUUACGGCCAUACAGAAGAGGUGGAGGCGUGCGUUGAAGGUGGUUUACGUGAAGGUGCAUCGUUGGAAGCUAUCGUAGAACCGACUACUUCAUUUGGUUUUCGUGAAGCUUCCAGAAAAUAUGAAAAUAAUGUUUCACCAGCGAUUGGUGUGUCAGAGUCUACCGAAGAAUCAUCGUCUAAGUCUUUGUCUAUUUCGGAGAACCAGUCAUGUGCCAAAAUGGAUUCAUUGCAAAGCGCUAAAUGUGGUACCGACCCACAUGUCCUGCCAUCAGCGCCCAAUAAUUCAUCUGAUUUGGAAGCGGAUCGAAUUGGGUUGCGUGGGCGUCGUCAUGACCUAAAGGAGGCGGAAAUCACGCUGAAAACUAUUCCCAGAGGGAAGAAACCAACAGCAGGAAGCGAACAAGUGUCUAAGACACCUGAAGUUCCAACAUUGGAGGCUCCAGCGACCAUGUACACAUCUAAUAAUCCGUUACUUUCGCAAAAGCAUGCCUCAAAAAGUGAACUGGUCCAGAAGGACGCCUCAACUGAAGCGGUAUCCCUGAAACCUUGUGGACUUCGCACGCAUCUGGUGUGUUCUCCAACAAUGAAAGCAACAACAAUGGGCAUGCAAACGCGACGAAGAACGCUGGCAGUUUCCAAUUCCAAAGCUGCCGCUGAAUCUAAACCGGGCUCCUCCACAAAUCCCACGGUGACCGCCAAUACCAGUUUUACUCUAUCAACACAUUGCAAAUCUACUCGCUAUAUUUCCACUGCAGAGUCGUUAAAAGUGAUUUCCGAUGUCGAAAUACCCAGAAGUCGUGAGAGUGAACCUUCGGAGUCCAUUAGCCGCACAAAUGCUAGGGGUGCAUCACCGGAUCAGAAGGGCAAUGAAGACGAGGAGAGGAGGAAAAGUAGUCAUGUGUCUAAUAAUGAGCGUACUAGUGAAUUUGAAAUUCUUCCACCGAAAAGGGUGAAAACCCUUAAAUUUGGGUUGGACGCACGUCCGGGUUCUUCAUUUCGGGCCCGUAAUGAGGUUCAAAUUACGGGGAAGAAAGGCGAAUUGGAUAAUGGACCACAUACUCGAAAAAGACCGAUGACAGGACCUAGAGCACCGAAAAGACGCAAAAUAGAUGGCGUUAGCUUCAAAGCAAAGCAGCCGGUAUUGUUCUCUGGUCCUACAAUGGGCGAUAGUGAUGACGACGAUAGACUUUGUGUGGCAGAUGACUGCGAUAUUGGCGAGGAAGAGCAGUCGCCUUUGCAAGUUUACCCUGUUGAUGUUCAUGGGUGCGAUUCAGUGUUUAAUGAGAAACAGUUUGGAGAUGAUCGUUUUUCUACGAUGACGCCAAAAAUUCCUGAGAGUAGAAGGCAAGACUCUUCAGAUAGAGCUCCAUUCUCGCCUGGGAUAGUAGCAAUGGAGAAAAGUGAACGAAAAACACUUGCGGCUUCUAAGAAAACCGUUGGGAAGAGUACAUCGAAUAAACGAGUUUCAGUAACACCUGAUGUCGCACACGGCUUGAGAAAAGAUGAUAACGAAGAAGGCGAUGAGUUGCCUUCACGUGAAGUCGACCACGUACACGCUUCAACUUGUUCGAUGGAUUUGUUAUCUGGCGACAUGUGGACUAUUGUGCAGAGGAAUUUCCGCAGCUGUGAUUCUUCGAAUGUGCAUAAUACAAAGGAAGAUACAUUCCUGCAAAUUUCUUGCGAGCUUGCUGGAGAACAACAGAUUUGGGUGGAAUAUGUAAAGAAAAUGGUUGCAAUGAUAUGCACGCAGGCUGCAAGUCGUGUCCAUUCUCCACGGUGCAUCCGUCUACUGAUGCGCGCGCUCCGCGAAGUGGGCAGUUUGCUUACGGUGGCUGAGAAAAAAGAAUAUCUUCGAAUUGCCUUGACGAAGUUGUUUUUAGAAGACAUGGAAACAUCUAUAAAAGCAACAACCUUCGCACUACUUUCUCCAAACUACGAAUUGUUGGAUUGGAUGAAAGACAAAAAACGUCCAUUCUCUACACUUCUUUCACUUGCUGUUACAACAGUUCAGGUUGACGGCAAAGUGAUGUUGUGGGCAUGGUUCCAGCAGUUUUCAGAGGAAUUGCCACUGCAAGAUGUUUCUCCUGAAAGUGUCCAGAGGGCUUUUGAAGAGUUAGUGGCACACCUAGACGAUAAGGCGGUGGAACGUAGUCAAAUAGAAGAAGUCGUUCCAGCUCCUACCACUGCUGAAGAGGACACGCUUACCAAAAUGGCCAUCGCAUAUGUUUCUCCGACAAACGAAAUCCAUGCGAACUUAAUGCUUCUUAUUGAGCGCAUGAUGAAUGAUGGCAGAAAACGCAUUCAAGCUGCACUCAGUCCACAUGCAGUUGAAGGUGUGGCAGCGUACUAUGAGGCUUACAAAGUUAGUAAUCGUUUGCGUCUAUGCGUUGGUGCCAUUUUGUCUACUCUCGCAAGCAGCGAUGAUCCUUUCGUAGUACAAACACUAAGUGAGCUUCUGCAGCGCGAGAUUCUGCUGAUUCGUGAACUUCGAGCGGAAAUAUCAUCGGCCGCAAGCAGACCGUGGAUAGAAGUGUACCGUAUAGUUAUCGACAGUAUUUUAAAUCUUGUACAGGUUCUUUCUCACUAUAAGAUCUAG